GAAGGAACUGAAAUCCAAUGAAUGAAAGGUGUGGGGCAAGGGACAGUCAGGCUAAUGCUGGAUGUCCUCCAGCCAGGAAAUGAGGCGGAGCUCUAGAUUAGGAGCUUUUAAUGCACAUGGGGAGAAACUGACAGGAAGGAGCCUGUACACCUGUGCAAGACUGAAGGGGAGGAGCUGGUACACCUGUGCAAGACUGAAGGGGAGGAGCUGGUACACCUGUACAAGACUGAAGGGGAGGAGCCGGUACACCUGUGCAAGACUGAAGGGGAGGAGACGGUACACCUGUGCAAGACUGAAUGGGAGGAGACUGGUACACCUGUGCAAGACUGAAGGGGAGGAGCUGGUACACCUGUGCAAGACUGAAGGGGAGGAGCCGGUACACCUGUGCAAGACUGAAGGGGAGGAGCUGGUACACCUGUGCAAGACUGAAGGGGAGGAGCCGGUACACCUGUGCAAGACU